UGGCUGUGCCAGGGUCCCUGUAAAGAUGUCUGAGCAGGCGGGGAGGGAGCGGAGCGGACGACUGGAAAGCAGCGCGGAGAAACUCCAACUGUCUGCCGUUUCACCGCGCAAGGUGAUGAGCAGCUGAAAUGUCCAAUAACAGCCAGGGAUCCGUGAAGGGGGAGGCGGCCACCAUGGCCCCGCCCUCUGGCUCCGCCUCCUCUCAUGGACCGCCCCUUUCCCCGUCCACCACCUCCAAAUCACCUGAGCUCCCAGACGAGUUGGUCCAGGCCGGAUGGUCCAAGUGCUGGUCCAGGAGGGAGAACCGGCCGUACUACUUCAACAGGUUCACCAACCAGAGCCUGUGGGAGGUACCUGUGCUGGGUCAGCACGACGUCAUCUCUGACCCGCUGGGCCUGAACGCGGCGCCCGCAGAGGGCGGCGACGGUAGCCUGGGCAACGGCCAGAGGAAGAGGAGGAGCUCUGAGGAGCAGGGGGCGGGGCCUAACAGCAUCAAACGGGCCAAGGUGGAGCCGACCACGCCCAUCUCUCCCAGCACACCUGGCACACCUGCAGCCAAACCCUGGAGCUCCGCCCCCGAGGAGAAGCAGGUUCCUACGGCCACGCCCACAACAGCCACUCCGGCCCCUGCCCCAUACAGACCGGCGGUGAUCUACUGGGACCUGGAUGUUCAGACCAACGCCGUGAUCAGAGAGCGCUCAGCAGCCAAUCACCUGCCGCCGCACCCGGAGAUCGAGCUGCAGCGCGCGCAGCUGGUCACCAAGCUGAGGCAGCACUACCACGAGCUGUGCCACCAGAGAGAAGGUAUCGACCCGCCCCGCGAGUCCUUCAACCGAUGGCUGCUGGAGAGGAAAGUCAUCGAUAAGGGCGUCGACCCGUUGUUGCCGAGUGAAUGUGAGCCCGCCGUCUCUCCGUCCAUGUUCCGGGAGGUCAUGAACGAUAUUCCCAUCAGGUUGUCCCGUAUAAAGUACAAGGAAGAGGCUCGCAAGCUGCUCUUCAAAUACGCCGAGGCUGCCAAGAAGAUGAUCGACUCCAGAAAUGCGAGUCCAGAGAGCAGGAAGGUGGUGAAGUGGAACGCCGAGGACACCAUGAACUGGCUGCGCAGAGAUCACUCCGCCAGCAAGGAAGACUACAUGGACCGGCUGGAGCACCUGAGGCAGCAGUGUGGGCCUCACGUCACCGCUGUGGCCAAAGACUCAGUGGAAGGAAUCUGCUCCAAGAUCUACCAGCUGUCCGCCGAAUACAGCCGCCGCCUGAGGCAGACGCACCUGAGCCUGCUGCAGGACCCCUCCACAGAGACGUGCGCGUCGCCUCCUCAGUCGCGGCUGGUGUACUGCUACCCGGUCCGCCUGUCGAUCCCCACGCCCGCCCUGCCCCGGGUGGAGCUGCACUUUGAGAACGACGUGGCGUGUCUUCGCUUCAGAGGAGAGAUGGUCAAAGUCAACAGAGGACACUUCAGCAAGCUGGAGCUGCUGUACAGGUACAGCUGCAUUGACGACCCUCGCUUUGAGAAGUUCCUGGCCAGAGUCUGGUGCCUCCUCAAGAGAUACCAGGUGAUGUUUGGCAGCGGCGCUAACGAAGGGACCGGUUUGCAGGGCGCGCUGCCGGUGCCGGUGUUCGAGGCGCUGAAUCGGCAGUUUGGAGUCACCUUCGAGUGUUUCGCUUCGCCGCUCAACUGCUACUUUAAGCAGUUCUGCUCGGCUUUCCCCGACAUCGACGGCUUCUUCGGGUCCAGAGGGCCCUUCCUGUCCUUCCGGCCCGUGAGCGGCUCGUUUGAAGCCAACCCGCCGUUCUGUGAGGAGCUGAUGGACGCCAUGGUGACCCACUUUGAGGAACUGCUGAAUCAGUCUUCCGAGCCCUUGUCCUUCAUCGUCUUCGUUCCUGAGUGGCGGGACCCGGUGACGCCGGCUCUGACCCGGAUGGAGGCCAGUCGGUUCCUGCGCCACCAGCUGAACAUACCGGCCUACGAUCACGAGUACCGCUCUGGGAGUCAGCACGUCUGCAAGCGCGACGAGAUGUACUACCGGGCCGUUCAUGGUACCGCCGUGCUCUUCCUCCAGAAUGACGCAGGAUUUGCCAAGUGGGCCCCGACACCAGAACGUCUGGCUGAGCUGAGCACGGCGUACCGCCCCACGCUGCCCCGCACUUCCUCGCUCUCCUCCCCUGGCCCCGCCCAGUCGGCUGCUGGAGACAAAGACUCCACCCCUAAGGCCUCUGAUAGGACACAGAGCGGGAUGAUGUCACCUGGUGGCCAUGACAACAACAACAACAACGGCAGCAGCAGUAGCAGCAGCCCUCAGGACAAGCUCACUGCUGUGUAG